UAGAUGAAAUGUCAUUAUGGAAUUAUGUUAUUAAUUGGGGAAUUAAACAAAUUAAUAAUUCAAGACUUUUGAAUUACGAUGAUAAUUUUUUAACUUUUAAAUCUUAUGAAUGGUUUGAAAAUGAUUUUAUCGAUUUAGAAAACGUGUUAGAAAAUUGUGUUCCAUUAAUAAGAACUGAUCUAAUUUCUUGUAGAGAAUUACCAAUUGAAUUACAACCUUUUGAACGAAUACUCAUAAAAAAUAAUUGUCUUAGUAAUAAUAGUUCAAUUUCAAGGGUACCAUUAAUUGAUCCAAUAAAUUCAGUUAUAAUUAAAUGGAAACAUGCAGCUUUAAUAUCAAAAUGGAUAGAUAGACAAGAUAAUACGAAACGGUUAUGUCGUAAAGAAUCUUAUAAUUUUCGAUUAUUAUUGAGAGGAACAAGAGAUGGUUUUACAUCACAAAAAUUUCAUGAAUUAUGUGAUUAUAAAGGUGCUACUAUUGUUUUAAUGAAAAUUGCAAAUACAAAACAAAUUGUUGGUGGUUAUAAUCCUGUUGUAUGGCAAAGUGGAUUUUUUGGUAAAUGGAUUAAAACUUCUAAUAGUUUUAUAUUUAAUUUGGGUGAUGGUACGGAUUUAAAUCAAGUUAUAUUAAGUAGAAUACAUCAAGAUCAUUAUAGUAUGGCUUUAUUUUGUGCUGAUGUACGUGGUCCUUCUUUUGGUUGUAAUGAUUUAUGGAUGCCUAAUUUUAGUAAUUUAUCCUUAAGAUGUACUAGUAGACAUACUUAUUAUGAGAAUAAAAUUCUUGAUACAACAAAAUUUGAUGUGGAAGAAUAUGAAGUAUUUCAAGUCAUUAAUAAUAAGAAUUAGAAGUGAUGAUGAAAUAUUAUUUAUUAAAA